CGUGUUCCGGUUUGAUGACAAAUUUUAGAUCGGAUGAGUAUAUUGACCUAAAACAUGAUUAAAAUAGACACUUGAUCCGUCUUAUUUGAAACAGAAGUGUGUAAGCUAUAGGUGGAUCAUCACGACUUACUUUUAACCAUAUUGGUCGUGACAUAUAGACAAAAAUGCCGUACCAUUGGCAGAGUCACAAUGUGAAGGUUAGUGGGGUGGAUGACAUGGUCCUGCUUCAGAAGAUAACAGAAGCUGCAAUCGUCGAUAACCUCAAGAAGAGAUUAGUGGAUGACUGCAUUUAUACCUACAUAGGCCCAGUGCUUAUCUCAGUUAACCCUUUCAAGGCCAUGAAUAUAUUUACAGAGAAAGAAGUUGAGAUGUACCAAGGAGCGGCCUCUUAUGAAAAUCCUCCCCACGUAUAUGCACUUACAGACAAUAUGUAUCGCAACAUGCUCAUAGAUAUGGAAAACCAAUGCGUCAUUAUCAGUGGCGAAAGUGGUGCCGGAAAAACUGUCGCUGCCAAGCUUAUUAUGGGAUAUAUUUCAAGGGUGUCUGGAGGUGGAGAAAAAGUACAGCAUGUGAAAGACAUCAUCCUAGAGUCUAACCCCCUUUUAGAAGCAUUUGGUAAUGCUAAGACAGUACGCAACAAUAACUCAAGUAGAUUUGGUAAAUAUGUUGAGAUUCAGUUCAGUCGUGGAGGAGAGCCAAUUUCAGCCAAGAUCUCAAACUUCCUAUUGGAGAAAUCAAGGGUGGUCAGCCAGAAUAACAUAGAGAGAAACUUCCAUAUCUUCUACCAGCUCAUCUCUGGGGCAAAUCAAGAGGCAAAAGAGAAUCUUGGGCUGUCCACUCCAGAUUACUAUUUUUACUUGAACCAAAGUGGCACAUAUAAAGUUGAUGGGACGGAUGAUGCUAAAGAUUAUAACGACACCAGAAAAGCAAUGAAGGUGAUUGGUAUAAGUGAUGAGGACCAGGAAAAUGCUAUUUCCAUAGUAGCAGGAAUUCUACAUCUUGGAAAUAUCAGCUUUGUUGAAGAGGGGAAUUAUGCAGCAGUGGCAAACACAGAAUUUCUUGGAUUCCCAGCGUAUCUAUUGGGAAUAGAUGAACAGCUCUUGAAGUCAAAACUGACGAGUCGAACUAUGGAAUCCAAGUGGGGAAAGACCUCAGAAACCAUCACCAUGCAACUGAACUGUGAACAGGCCUCCUACACAAGGGAUGCCCUAGCAAAGGCCUUGUACACACGCUUGUUUGAUUUUCUAGUCCAGAGUGUCAAUAAUGCACUGGUGAAGACGCAUGAUGAGAUAAACAUAGGAAUUCUUGACAUUUACGGGUUUGAAAUCUUCCAAAAGAACGGAUUUGAACAGUUCUGCAUCAACUAUGUCAAUGAGAAACUACAGCAAAUCUUUAUAGAAUUAACACUGAAGGCUGAACAGGAAGAAUAUGUGCAAGAAGGCAUCAAAUGGAAGCCAAUAGAGUACUUCAAUAAUAAGAUUGUGUGUGAUCUGAUAGAAUCAAAGAGUCCUCCAGGGAUCAUGUGCGUCCUAGAUGAUGUCUGUGCCACCAUGCAUGCACAGGGGGAGGGCGCAGAUGAGAAAGCGCUACUGAAAUUGGCGCAGGCUGUUGGGAGCCACCAACAUUAUAAUGGCAACAACAUCGGUUUCAUAAUACAUCAUUAUGCGGGCAAGGUGAACUACAAUGCUGAUGGAUUCUGUGAACGUAAUCGUGACGUGCUAUUCUCUGAUUUGAUUCAACUGAUGCAAACAAGUCAAGAUGAAUUCAUCACUGCACUUUUCCCCGAAGAUGUAAGCGGAGCUUAUCAGAAAAAACCUACAACUGCUGGAACCAAGAUAAAGAAACAAGCCAAUGAACUUGUUACUACCUUAACAAAGUGUGUACCACACUAUAUACGCUGUAUUAAGCCUAAUGAGACAAAGAAAGCCAAGGAUUUUGAAGAUGAAAGGGUGAAACAUCAGGUUGAAUACCUUGGUCUGAAAGAAAACAUCAGAGUUAGGCGAGCAGGUUUUGCCUAUAGACGUCCAUUUGAGAAAUUCCUUAGGCGUUAUGCCAUUAUAACGCCUGAGACUUGGCCUAAGUGGAAUGGGAGCACCAGACAAGGAAUUGAACAUUUAAUGACAAGUGUGAAUAUGGAUAAAGACCAGUGGCAAAUGGGUCAAACAAAGGUCUUUAUAAAGAAUCCAGAAUCACUGUUUCUAUUGGAGGAGAUUCGAGAACGAAAGUUUGACCACUACGCACGUUUAAUACAGAAAGCAUUCCGCCAGUAUAAUGGACGUAAAUACUACCUGCGACUUCGUGAACAAGCAUCUGAUUUACUAUACAACAAGAAAGAGCGUCGACGCUUCAGUUUGAAUCGCAAUUUUGUUGGAGAUUACAUUGGUUUGGAUGACAAUCCUGCUUUGCGGGCCCUCGUGGGCAAACGUGAGAGAGUAGAGUUUGCAUAUACUGUAACCAAGUAUGAUAGGAGAUUCAAGUCAGCCAAACGUGAUCUUCUACUUACAGCCAAGUUUGUCUACCUGAUAGGCAGAGAACUGGUGAAAAAAGGUCCACAGAAAGGUCAAAUGUUAGAGGUAAUUAAGCGGAAGAUAGAACUGGAUCAGUUAGCAUCUAUAACAUUGAGUACAUGUCAAGAUGAUUUCUUUGUUGUGAAUGUACAAGGAGAAUACAGCACACUUCUACAAUGUGUCUUCAAAACAGAAUUCCUAACAACUCUCUCGAAAAGAUAUAAAGAAAAAACUAGGAAAGAUUUACCACUUCAUUUCACUGAUAGCAUGGAAUUCCCAGUUAAGAAGGAAGGCUGGGGUGGGGGAGGAACACGCACAGUUAAAGUCAUUCGCGCUCCUGGAAAUUCCAACGAAGCUAUUCUGAAACCAUCAAGCAAGGUGCUUACAGUCCAAAUUGGCGAGGGAUUACCGAAAAAUUCACGGCCGGGUCUCAGGGAAACUGCCUCAAAUCCCGCCCAUCUUUACAAAAGUGUCAAUAAAGAUAAAAAGCAACAACGCCCACAACAUGCGGCUCCAGGUAGACCCUCGCAUGUUGCACCCUCCCGUCCUGCUCCUGGACCCCCUGGCUCUGGUGGAGGAAGUAAUAUGCAGCGCAAACUAACCCGUCAACGAACUAGAAGUUCUGACCAGAAAGCACCAUCUUUACCCAGGGAGGGAGCUCAACACUUGGCAAAGCAGAUAAACAAUGGUGUCAUUAAUAGUGACUUCAUGAAGACCCCAGAUGCAGGCGUCUCAGGAAUGCAAAGGUCUGCAAGUAGGAAACAUAAGCCGGCCCCAGCUCCGAAUAAACCGAAGCCUAAGCCGAAGCCCAAACCUACUCUUCCAACAUGUAAAACACUGUAUGCUUACGACGCACAAGACACGGAUGAACUUAGCUUCAAUGAGGGGGAUAUUAUUGAGAUAUUAAAAGAAGACCCCGCAGGCUGGUGGUCAGGAAGGUUACGUGGGAAAGAAGGACUUUUCCCAUCAAACUAUACAGAAAAAAUAUGAACACAACCUGUAAACAUAAAUCACCAAGAAAACGUUGAUUUUCAGAUACCAUGACAAAAAAACAGUUUUCGUGAUCGAAACAGUUUUGGAUUGACAUAAACACAAGGAUCAAGGAUAAUUGGAAAAACUGUCAAAUAACCUACAGGAUAAGGAAAGAAAUAAUCAUAAGGAUUGUGAAAUAAUCAACAGAAUUAUGUAAUAAUCAACAGGAUUAUGAAAUAAUCAACAGAAUUAUGUAAUAAUCAAUUGGAUUUUAAAAUCAUCAUCUAUCUAAUGUCUUAUCAAGACAAUGAAAUAAUGAAAGGAUUAUUAAGAUAACCAUCUUGAUCAACUAACUUUCAUCUGGAUUAUGUUCUGCAAGACAGCAGUUGUCUGAAGGUGAAAACAAACUUUAAACUACACUAAAACUAAACUAAACAUACACUUUAAUCAAAAUUCUAUGUCACCUUAAAAUUACUGUACAUGUAUAGUAAAACCUGCACAUCUGAACACUUCUGAAUGUGAAGAUUUUCAUAUAUUGGGAAAUCUUGAAAUGUGAACACUUCCUAAUCCAAACACUUCGCCAGGAUAAGUGGCAUUUGGGUUAAACAGGUUUUUCACAGUAUAUGACUUAUUUUGGAGAUUCGCCCAAUCUGUACAAGUAUUGAAGAUCACCACUCAAAAAUCAUCUCAUAUUCCACAAAUAUCCUCCAAAUUAAAUCAUUGUCAAAGUACUUAAAACUAAAUUCUGCCAAAUUAAACCAGUUGAAAAUAACCAGGUCAACACUGUCUCCUGAAGGAACACCUUCUCAGACAGGAGAAUCUGUCAAGGGAGAGCUCAGGUCUCUAUGGAUCUCGAGGAAUCCAUGUAGAAAUUCCAUUCAUAAAGCAUGUGAUAUCAUUUCCUCCAUCGCGUAGCGUAGCAAAAUAAUAAUAUACAUAAUGUAUGUUCAUACAUGAAAGCACAUCAUUCCUGUAACAAGCAUAUCAUACAUACAAAGUAAAGUUGCAGUACAAAUUCUUCAAAUCUUAUUUCAUGUGAUAUUUGGUUAGUAGUUAAUAUUUGGUUAAUGCAGUCUAGAUAGCAUCCAAUAGUUCCCAUUUUGAGAUAUUACACUCUGUAAUAUCUGAUAUUUAAAAUAGUUCACAAAAUGUUAUAUUUAAAGCCAUAUUAUUGGUGCAAAGCAUAGUUACUACGUAGAGCUUAAUCUAUUUGGUCGUGCUAAUCCUUUGAGACUCAAUGGUCAUGUAAAUUCAGUUUUUAAAAACUAGUACUAAUAUAUGGUACAUGUACGUGUACAUAUUCAUUUUUUUAAUAUAUUUCGCUCAAUUUUUCCAUUUAUGGCAUUUCUCAAGCCUCUGUUGCAUUUCAUGUUUGUUGUAUUAAUCAUUGUAAUAUAUUUAUUUCAAAAAUAUGCAAUUGGCCAACUAAAAGAUUUCCAGAAAACAUUGAUGGCAGUUAUAUAAAACAAUAAAAUGUACUUAUCUAACCAACAUGAUUUCAUUCAGGUUAUUUACUUGGAGGGAUUAAAUAUGUGUUUUAUUCUGAAGCAUGAAAUGAUAUUUCUCGAGGCCUUGUAGGGACCAAGGAAAAUAUUAAAUUGAUUGAGUUAUAAAACCCAUAUCAAAUUCCCUACCAGGGCUUCCAGGAAAUAACAAUUGUAUACCAUGAUAUUGAAUGAUUUUAGUUGUGUCACAAAUUACUUUUAUUGAUAUAAAUGAUUUGAUAACUAAUAAAAAGAACAAAAUAUGGGGACAAUUAGGUGAAUAUGAUUUCAAUAUGGGAACAAUCAGGUGAAUAUGAUUUUAAUAUGGGGACAGCCAGGUGAAAGUA